AUGAACGUCAGUGCGGAGUCUUUCACCUCCAACCCAUUUCACAUCUGUAACAUCUGUCAGAAGGUGAUAAGGAAAAAGGUAUGGCGUUUCCUGAUUGAUUUCUCCAAAUGUUACUUUUACUAGUCGACCAAUAGCAUGUUUUAUCAAGGUGAUAAGUCAGGCCUAUUUAUUAUUCCUUCCAAUUUAUAUAAAAUGUCGUUGCAUCUUAUGAAGUUGUCACUGAGAUCCUGCAGGAGUAGUAGCCUAUAGACCCUAGUAUACAUUCAUUUAUGAAGUUGUCACUGAGAUCCUGCAGGAGUAGUAGCCUAUAGACCCUAGUAUACAUUCAUUUAUGAAGUUGUCACUGAGAUCCUGCAGGAGUAGUAGCCUAUAGACUCUAGUAUACAUUCAUUUGAUCUAUUGAUUCAGACAGCAGAACAAACAUAUUGCUUUUCACUGGUCUUCUCCUUGCCUUACUGCUAUUUUUGCAUUUAACUACAUUCUGUAUUUCAACAUCAUCUAUAGAAUUGCUUCAGAAUCGGUUGUAAUUCCUAUUAGGCCUAGUUUAAUCAUCUCAAAGCUAAUAAUGUACAGUCAUGGAUCAUGGACUUUUUGCAGUCCAAAUACCCAUAUUUUAUGACAAUCAGGCUGUUUUUCUUUACAAACAUAUCAGACAACAGUUAUCUGCAACAGAUUGUCGCAUUUGCAUUUAUUUAUUUCCCAGGAUGGUCGUCAAUCAGUAUGAUAGCAAUAGAGUUGGUGGUAGAUUGAUGAUUUGAUAAGAACAUGGAUAUCUCUCUCUCUCUAGUGCCCUGCUUUCUUAGUCUGACUGCUAUUAUUAGUAGCCAUUAGUCUAUGUACAUAUGACCCAGUUUUUGAUAGGGAGGCAUCAUACGAUGGUGUCAAGGCAGAAGAUUGGGUAAUUUUUUUGUCAUCUCCAGGGCAUCAUUGAGUUACACAAUACAUGUCUUGAUACUUUAGAAUGAUUUGGACAUGAAGUGUGAAAACGCUAAUACUAUAUUAGCAUUUUCACACUUCAUGUCCAAAGCAUCCUAAAGUAUCAAAAAAUGUAUUGUGUAACUCAAUGAUGUUACUUAUAGAUGAUUUGGAUAUGAAGCGCGAAAAUGCUAACAUAGGUAGGUACCAUUGACUUGCAUUGGAUUUGUGACACAAAUGCGGCCCAGUAAACAAAACCAAAGCAUGGGUUGCUGUCAUACCUGGUCCAUAGACUGCUUACAGGGUAAGAAAACCAAUAUGUAAUUUGGGUGAACUAUCCCUUUAACAAUGAGUUAGUAGAUUAUUUCACUUAACAGCAGGAACACCACCAUCUAGUGGUCAGAACCUAGACAUAUCAGGAUGUAGGAUGGGACAUAAACCCAACAACUUCAAUGACUAAUUUCUCUGAACAGGGGAAAAAAACAUCACCAAAUUCACUGAGAAUACAUUACAUAGGAUGAAGAAACAAUACUCUGAGCCGCAGCUUCAUACUACUUGUCAAAUAUAGAGAACUGAUACUAUAGACUCAUUGUUGGGGUGGGAUUGGCGUGAAGUGGGGGGGGGGGGGGGUCCGUGGGUGACUUUUGACCAUUUCUUUAGAUUCCUCACGUCUAACUCAUUGUUAGAAAAAAUGUUGGUCCAAAUCGGAUGUUAUUUACUACAUUUAUUGAAUAUUAUGUGAAUUCUAUACAUUUAAAUGGCCAACUUGGAUAAAAUCAAUUACCUUAAUUUCUCAGAGAUCAAAUUCUAUUUAAACAGGAAUACUAAUCUGAUCAGUUUCUAACAACAAAAACGAUUUCAGAACAAUCUGAGAUGGUGGGUGUCAAACCUCUUUCUUGUGCUUUUUGAGGUGGAACAACCCUGUAACAACAAAACAUGAGGAGUGGACAUCCACAGAUUACAAUGCCUAGAGACAGCUUUGUCUGUCUGCACACCGGAGUAAGCCCUUUCCUGACAAACAUCACUGACAGAAAAAAACACUAUUUUAUACUAUACUACAGUUACCAAUAGAUACCGGUAAAUACACUAUGCUAUGAUCACAUAGAAAUAUACUGGUAAAGGCAGAGACUAUAGAUCUUUAAUUUUGUAGGUUGAAACCAAGAGGUUUCAUACAAGUUGUUCUCAACAGAAACCCUCUUGGUUGGAAAUUACAGUUUACUGAGAGAGCGAUGAAACUGUCAAUUCAUGUUUUACUCUAUCAUUCAUAAUGAUGUAAGAUUCUUGUUUUUGGUGCUUUAUUACUUAUUUAUCACAUACUUAUUUCACAAUUACAACUGUCUUGAAAAAGUAUUGUUGUUGUUAUGUGAUAAACUGGCUUUAGGCUAUUCGUUUUUUGUGAUGGAGAUGAUGGAGACAGACGGGUCCAGGCUCUUUUUUAAACUGCACAGUCCAGGAUAGAGAGGAGCACUGGAGCCACCUCUCUCUGUGUAAUCUCAGUUAGUUGCAUCAGCCACGUUGCCCCAACAACAGACACUCAUCACCCAACACACACAAAGGGCCAGACAGACAGAGGGCGGAGAGGAGAUAUGAGAGGAGAAGAGGGGAGAGAUGAUAGGAGAGGAGGAGAGAGGGAUGGCGAGAGAGAGGAAAAGAGGGAGGGAUUAAUACUAGGGUGAACCUGUCUGCAGUCCAGGGCAGGUCUGUCUGUCUGUAUCACCGGUGGCAGUGGGAGUCACAGGGCUUCAACCCAAUUAGCUAAAUUCACAGGAAAUGGCCUGUCUGUUGACAGAGCGCACAUUCAAAGGUCUGUUAUGUAACAAGACAUAUGCUACUGGAACAGAGAGGGGUCUCUGUCUGACUCUCUCUUUCACGCACACACCACUUUCUCACACACACACACACACUUUCUCACACACAGAGAACUACAUUGUCUUACUGUAUAUUUUGGUGGUUUAUGUGGCUUUGUUAUCCAUUCGUACUAUAAACUUUCUUCCCACCUUUGAACUUGAGGCCCUUGAUCAUUAUGUAAUAUUAUAACCAUGGCGAUGUACUGUAAGACAGCUAAAUACACAAGAUAACCCCAGUCUAGUGUUUAUUAUACAACAGGUGGUUUGGAAUUCCCAUUGUUAGAGCCUAUCCUACUCAUGAUAUACUAGACAACAUACACAUGGCCAGUACAUUCAUAAAAAGUGCCAUUGUUUACAUCCUUACCUUGAAACGCACUACUACUACUACUACUACUACUACUACUACUACUACUACUACUACUACUACUACUACUACUACUACUACUACUACUACUACUACUGCCAUGCAAUUUUAAACUUUGUAAACACUGUGAAAAAAACCAUCUACACAUUAUCUCUGACAUUUGCAACAUUGUUGCAAUAAUGAAUCUCCAUAAGGAAUGUGUAAAGAGUCGGGACAAGACAGACAAGCAGCUUUUCUCAGCCAGUCCAAAUCAUGAAUCAGCAUCAUUUCCACUGAUAUAUACAAAGAAAUGUCAAUAGAAAAACAGAUCAAACGAAACGAAGUACAGCUACUUUGACAUCUUUCCAGCUUCAGUCUGAAGUGAUUGUGUUAGCUGUGUAGUUGGCUAGCUAGCAAGGGGGAAGAGCCUCCAUAGCAACCAUUUUAGUUUUCCAUACCAAAGUUCUACAACUAUAAACCAGCGCUUGGGUAGUUUUGCUUUACAUGGCAGUCAAUACGAAUAUAACUAACGACCAGAGAACACCUAAAAUUGCACUUGACAACCAGUGUUAGAGAAUGCAAUGUCACGUUUGUUGAAAAAUGCAUGGUUUGGGGGAGAAUCUCGCUUUUUAUGAUAGAAAUCUCAUAACACAUGGCCUCUCAUGUAUUAUUGCUUAAAUAACUGUCUGAGUUAUUAUUAAUUAGUUUGAUAUACACUGAGUGUACAAAACAUUAAGAACACUUUCCUAAUAUUGAGUUGAACCCCCCCAUUUUGCCUUCAGAACAACCUCAAUUUGUCAGGGGAAGGACACUACAAGGCGUCGAAAGCGUUCCACAGGGAUGCUGGAUAUUGACUUCAAUGCUUCCCACAGUUGUAUCAAGUUGGAUGGAUGUUCUUUGGGUAGUGGACCAUUCUUGAUACACAGAGAAACUGUUGAGCGUGAAAAAUCCAGCAGCGUUGCAGUUCUUGACACAUACCGGUGUGCCUGGCACCUACUACCAUACCCCGUUCAAAGGCACUUAAAUAUUUUGUCUUGUCCAUUCACCCUCUGAAUGGCACAUAUACACAAUAUAUGUUUCAAUUGUCUCAAGGCUUAAAAAUCCUUCUUUAACCUGUCUCCUCCCCUUCAUCUACACUGAUUUGAAGUGGAUUUAACAAGUGAAAUCAAUAAGGGAUCAUAGCUUUCACCUGUAUUCACUUGGUCAGUCUGUCAUGGAAAGAGCAGGUGUUCCUAAUGUUUUGUACAUUCAGUGUAUAUUGAAUAUACAAUAAAACACAGUAUAAUACACCCUAGCAGGCAGUUUUUCCAAGCACCGUCUCACACUCCAUAUCACCUUAUACAAGCCAUUUUAUAUGUUCUAGCAGAACCAUUUUUAUUACUGAAGUGACACACUUAUAAAACACUCAAAAGUCAGUAAUGUUGACUCUCUUUAUGUAAAGUGUUUAUGAGUGUUCUAAUUCUAAAGAUGAAGGGUGACCAAGAUUUUUUCCUUCAUUUUUUUUAUUUGACCUCUUGUGAUGUAAUUCUCACUGUCCUGUAGACGCAGCUGUGUUUUCUCUCCUCUUCUCAGAGAUUUAGGUCAGACGAUGUAUGUAACUAAAGGAGGGCAGACUUACUCUCCUUAGCCCAGCAUUGAUCUUUCCAUAUAACCUGUAUGUCUGUCUGCCUGCCUGCCUGCCUUCCUGCAUGCCUGCCUGCCUGCCUGCCUGCCUCUUAUAGAGAUAUUUUUACCAUCCCUCUCCUUAGGGCUCUCAGUACAUUAACUUCAAUAGAUGUACUGUCCUAACAUAAAUGUACAUUUCAACACACACACAUGCAUAAAAGACAAUGUGAACCAUAAAGCUGGGGUUCUUUCCUCUGCCCAGGCCAUGUUCCCAAUGUUCCCUGGCUAAUGUGUGUGCACACAGGCUGUUUGCUCAUCUCAAAAGGUAACAGGAGGAGGGGGUUACUUUACCUCUGAGCAAACGGACUGACACACACAAAGGCCUGGCUGUUACAUAUCAAACCUCACUUCUAUACAGGUCCCAUUUUUUCUCUUCAUUUGAUGUUUUUUUUCUUAUGUUUGCCAACAUUGCUGAGAGUUCAUUUAGGUUGUGCCAAAAGUGGAGUUGUACAUCUAAGCUCCUUGUGUAGUAUGGUCUUGUAUAGUUCCUUAGCUAACCCGGUUUCCCUCUCUGCCGCUCUUGUCUUGUCUCAGGAGAAAGGAGUCAGGGUGCCGCGACCCUUCUCCAGUGGACCCAGUGCCUUCAUUCCAGAAGAGGAGGUGAGAAAAUGCUUUCUUUCUUUGCUUUGAGGCUAUAUUUCCCCUGUCCUGUCUAUUCUCUCUCGUUCUCCCUCACUGUCACUUUCGCUUAAUCUCUCUCGCUUUUUCCCCUUUGUCUAUAUCUUCCCACCUUUAUCUUCACCUAGCCUGGAACUCAGACAUGUAAACCAUAUUUCAGAUUACAGCAGCAGCAGCUUUACUGUAAAAUGGUUCAAUACACACUGCCUGACUGAAAGCCCUCACUUCCCAACCCCUCUCUUCCCUGUCCUGCCUGACCUCUUCCCCCCAACCCUCCGCCCUGGGUCCAGAUUGUGGAGGCGUCCCAGGUGGACCCCCACACAGAGCAGAUCCUGGCCGAGGCCUACUCUCCAUCGGGUCACGUGGACCAUCUGACCCGGGUGAUGGGACUGCACCCCCACUACCUGGAGUCCUUCCUGCGUAGCCAGUUCUACCUGCUGAGGAUGGACGGCCCCCUGCCUCUCCACUGCCGACACUACAUUGCCAUCAUGGUAAACACUGAUAUAGGAUGAACUUAGAGAUUGUCAUUGGGUGUGUCUGAAAUGACACCCUAUUUCCCUAUCCUCCUGAGACCCAGGAUGUUUUUUUACAUCACAUUUCUCAAAGAAGAAAGUGUGAAAAAAUAUUUGUAUUUAUUUUUUAUUGUACAGUCGUGGUCAAAAGUUUUGAGAAUGACACAAAUAUUAAUUUUCACAAAGUCUGCUGCCUCAGUUUUUAUGAUGGCAAUUUGCAUAUACUCCAGAAUGUUAUGAAGAGUGAUCAGAUUAAUUGCAAAAUCCCUCUUUGCCAUGAAAAUUAACUUAAUCCCCAAAAAACAUUUCCACUGCAUUUCAGCCACAAAAGGACCAGCUGACAUCAUGUCAGUGAUUCUCUCGUUAACACAGAUUAGAGUGUUGACGACGACAAGGCUGGAGAUCACUGUCAUGCUGAUUGAGUUAGAAUAACAGACUGGAAGCUUUAAAAGGAAGAUGGUGCUUGAAAUCAUUGUUCUUCCUCUGUUAACCAUGGUUACCUGCAAGGAAACACGUGCCGUCAUCAUUGCUUUGCACAAAAAGGGCUUCACAGGCAAGGAUAUUGCUGCUAGUAAGAUUGCACCUAAAUCAACCAUUUAUCAGAUCAUCAAGAACUUCAAGGAGAGAGGUUCAAUUGUUGUGAAGAAAGCUUCAGGGCGCCCAAGAAAGUCCAGCAAGCGCCAGGAAUGUCUCCUAAAGUUGAUUCAGCUGCGGGAUCGGGGCACCACCAAUGCAGAGCUUGCUCAGGAAUGGCAGCAGGCAGGUGUGAGUGCAUCUGCACGCACAGUGAGGUGAAGACUUUUGGAGGAUGGCCUGGUGUCAAGAAGGGCAGCGAGGAAGCCACUUUUCUCCAGGAAAAACAUCAGGGACAGACUGAUAUUCUGCAAAAGGUACAGGGAUUGGACUGCUGAGGACUGGGGUAAAGUCAUUUUCUCUGAUGAAUCCCCUUUCCGAUUGUUUGGGGCAUCCGGAAAAAAGCUUGUCUGGAGAAGACCAGGUGAGCGCUACCAUCAGUCCUGUGUCAUGCCAACAGUAAAGCAUCCUGAGACCAUUCAUGUGUGGGGUUGCUUCUUAGCCAAGGGAGUGGGCUCACUCACAAUUUUGCCUAAGAACACAGCCAUGAAUAAAGAAUGGUACCAACACAUCAUCCGAGAGCAACUUCUCCCAACCAUCCAAGAACAGUUUGGUGACGAACAAUGCCUUUUCCAGCAUGAUGGAGCACCUUGCCAUAAGGCAAAAGUGAUAACUAAGUGGAUCGGGGAACAAAACAUCGACAUUUUGGGUCCAUGGCCAGGAAACUCCCCAGACCUUAAUCCCAUUGAGAACUUGUAGUCAAUCCUCAAGAGGCUGGUGGACAAACAAAACCCCACAAAUUCUGACAAACUCCAAGCAUUGAUUAUGCAAGAAUGGGCUGCCAUCGGUCAGGAUGUGGCCCAGAAGUUAAUUGACAGCAUGCCAGGGCGGAUUGCAGAGGUCUUGAAAAAGAAGGGUCAACACUGCAAAUAUUGACUCUUUGCAUAAACUAAAUGUAAUUGUCAAUAAAAGGCUUUGACACUUAUGGAAUGCUUGUAAUUAUACUUAAGUAUACCAUAGUAACAUCUGACAAAAAUAUCUAAAAACACUGAAGCAGCAAACUUUGUGAAGACCAAUACUUGUGUCAUUCUCAAAACACAGUGGCAUGUAUGGCCUCAGAGAUACGGACCCAAAACAAAUCACCAUUAGAGUGGAAAAAAAUUAAUUGCUGGGUCUCAGGAGGCUGUAUAGUGCACUACUUUUGACCAGAGCCCUGGUACCUCAGCAGAGGGAGUGUACUAUAUAUAGAGUGCCAUUUCCAACGCAGCCAUUGUUCCCUGUAAGGGUUGAGGUUAGGAUUUGGGUAAGGUAAGCUGAUUCUAUGGGCAGCUUCUACCUGCAGCUGCAUGGUAUGGGAUAGGGCAAAGGUCAAACUAAGCUGGGAAAAAAUGUUUCCUGCAUAUACACAUCCUCCCUUAGAGCCUCCCUCUCCCUGCUCAGGAGACCUACCUAAUACAAAUCUCCUACUGACCCACAUUCAUAUCUAUCUAAUGACCCAUUUCCCUAACAACCAAUGGCUAUCUUUCCCGGAGUGACGGAUGAUGUUUUCCGUAUGGUGUUAAAACUUUCACCUCAGUGCUGAGAUGACCCUGGGGUGGUGCUGGACUGAGGAUGCUUCUGUAGCUAGUAGAGAGAAAGAGAUAGUGGAGACAUUAAGCAGGGCAGUGUUUGCCCUGUGCUCAGACGCACUGGCCCUCAACACCUCCGUCUGUGGAGCUUUGGUAUGCAGCCAACUCAGAGGGUCCUACCAACCCCCCCCCCCGACUCCAGCCCACCUCCAACUCGCCCUCUUCCUGAUGUGGCCCUUCCACAACAAGGUCAAAGUCACCCCCCUCACUCUUAAGACACAGAAUAUUAUGUUAGGAGGAACAGCUUAAUGUAAUGCAGUGUUAAAGAAACAUUUAAUGUACAGAGUAAAAUAGGUCAUGUUUAGAAUUUAGACAGAUACAAUAUGCCUAUACUGUAAAACUUUAAUUUAAAGAUCAUGCAUUUUACAGACAAUAUUUAUGCUUUAUAUUAAAGUCUGCUUAUUUACUUAGACAUUAUGUUAAUUUCAUAAUGAUGACAUUUGAGUUUUGUUAGAUAUUCUUUGAAACAAGCAACACUUUGUACCAUUUAGUACUUGCUGAAUGCCAGCUAAAACCGGACUGUCAAAUACAGUAUUACCCAGAAAACAGUAUAUAGAACAUGAAUAUAAAGACAGUUUAGACAGUAGAAAACAUACACAGUUCAUACAGUAAAGGAAGAGUUUUCACAGUGAGCUAUAUUUCAUCAACAAAAAAAAACUGUGCGUCUCCAGGCUGCAGCGCGUCACCAGUGUUCCUUCCUGGUGUCUCUGCAUGUGCGUGAGUUCUACAGGAUGGGGAUGUGUCUAGACUGGCUGAAGGGUCUACAGUACGCCCCUCAGAGACUGAGGAACCUCAACGAGAUCAACAAGAUCCUAGCACACAGGCCCUGGCUCAUCACCAAAGAGCACAUUCAGGUUAGAACACAGACAUGCAUAAAACAUACUCAUAUUCAAGUACAUUAUCUACAUAUGCACAUAUGAGAUAUAUAUAUAUAUAUAUAUAUAUACACAGUGGGGAGAACAAUUAUUUGAUACACUGCCGAUUUUGCAGGUUUUCCUACUUACAAAGCAUGUAGAGGUCUGUCAUUUUUAUCAUAGGUACACUUCAACUGUGAGAGACGGAAUCUAAAACAAAAAUCCAGAAAAUCACAUUGUAUGAUUUUUAAGUAAUUUAGUUUGCAUUUUAUUGCAUGACAUAAGUAUUUGAUACAUCAGAAAAGCAGAACUUAAUAUUUGGUACAGAAACCUUUGUUUGCAAUUACAGAGAUCAUACGUUUCCUGUAGGUCUUGACCAGGUUUGCACACACUGCAGCAGGGAUUUUGGCCCACUCCUCCAUACAGACCUUCUCCAGACCCUUCAGGCUUUGGGGCUGUCGCUGGGCAAUACGGACUUUCAGCUCCCUCCAAAGAUUUUCUAUUGGGUUCAGGUCUGGAGUCUGGCUAGGCCACUCCAGGACCUUGAGAUGCUUCUUACGGAGCCACUCCUUAGUUGCCCUGGCUGUGUGUUUCGGGUCGUUGUCAUGCUGGAAGACCCAGCCACGACCCAUCUUCAAUGCUCUUACUGAGGGAAGGAGGUUGUUGGCCAAGAUCUCGCGGUACAUGGCCCCAUCCAUCCUCCCCUCAAUACGGUGCAGUCGUCCUGUCCCCUUUGCAGAAAAGCAUCCCCAAAGAAUGAUGUUUCCACCUCCAUUCUUCACGGUUGGGAUGGUGUUCUUGGGGUUGUACUCAUCCUUCUUCUUCCUCCAAACACGGCGAGUGGAGUUUAGACCAAAAAGCUCUAUUUUUGGCUCAUCAGACCACAUGACCUUCUCCCAUUCCUCCUCUGGAUCAUUCAGAUGGUCAUUGGCAAACUUCAGACGGGCCUGGACAUGCGCUGGCUUGAGCAGGGGGACCUUGCGUGCGCUGCAGGAUUUUAAUCCAUGACGGCGUAUUGUGUUACUAAUGGUUUUCUUUGAGACUGUGGUCCCAGCUCUCUUCAGGUCAUUAACCAGGUCCUGCCGUGUAGUUCUGGGCUGAUCCCUCACCUUCCUCAUGAUCAUUGAUGCCCCACGAGGUGAGAUCUUGCAUGGAGCCCCAGACCGAGGGUGAUUGACCGUCAUCUUGAACUUCUUCCAUUUUCUAAUAAUUGCGCCAACAGUUGUUGCCUUCUCACCAAGCUGCUUGCCUAUUGUCCUGUAGCCCAUCCCAGUCUUGUGCAGGUCUACAAUUGUAUCCCUGAUGUCCUUACACAGCUCUCUGGUCUUGGCCAUUGUGGAGAGGUUGGAGUCUGUUUGAUUGAGUGUGUGGACAGGUGUCUUUUAUACAGGUAACGAGUUCAAACAGAUGCAGUUAAUACAGGUAAUGAGUGGAGAACAGGAGGACUUCUUAAAGAAAAACUAACAGGUCUGUGAGAGCCGGAAUUCUUACUGGUUGGUAGGUGAUCAAAUACUUAUGUCAUGCAAUAAAAUGCAAAUUAAUUACUUAAAAAUCAUACAAUGUGAUUUUCUGGAUUUUUGUUUUAGAUUCCGUCUCUCACAGUUGAAGUGUACCUAUGAUAAAAAAUGACAGACCUCUACAUGCUUUGUAAGUAGGAAAACCUGCAAAAUCGGCAGUGUAUCAAAUACUUGUUCUCCCCACUGUAUAUAUAUAUAUAUAUAUAUAUAUAUAUUCACUAACACACACACACAUGCAUGACUUUUAUCCACAUACUCACACAUAAAGUAACUCACACUAAACCUCUUUCUCUCCUCCCUCUACCUCAGAACUUGGUGAAGACAGGGGAGCACAGUUGGUCUUUGGCGGAGCUGGUCCAUGCUGUUGUCCUAUUGGCCCAUUUCCAUGCCCUGGCCAGCUUUGUGUUUGGCAGUGGUAUCAAUCCCCAGGUGGAUACACAGAAUGCCAACGGCUUUCAGUCCGUUUACAUCAGCAACUACUGUACAUGUGACUUGGCCAGCGACCAUCACCUGGAUCGAGACCUCAGCAGCACCAGCCCCGGGGUGAGAUGACAUACAUGACUUACUGUUGAGCUGUUUUACUGAGUUGAUUUAGCUACAUGUGUGUUUGGAGGGAUUGUGUUGGAACAGUACAGUACCAGUCAAAAGUUUGGACACAUGUAAUCAUUCCAGGGUUUUUCUUUAUUUUUACUAUUUUCUACAUUGUAGAAUAAUAGUGAAUACAUCAAAACUAUGAGAUAACACAUAUGGGAUCAUGUAGUAACCAAAAAAAGUGUUAACAAAUCAAAAUAUAUUUGAGAUUUGAGAUUCUUCAAAGUAGCCACCCUUUGCCUUGAUGACAGCUUUGCACACUCUUGGCAUUCUUUCAACCAGCUUCAUGAGGUAGUCACCUGGAAUGCAUUUCAAUUAACAGGUGGGCCUUGUUAAAAGUUAAUUUAAUGCAUUUGAGCCAAUCAGUUGUGUUGUGACAAGGUAGGGUUGGUAUACAGAAGAUAGCCCUAUUUGGUAAAAGACCAAGUCCAUAUUAUGGCAAGAACAGCUCAAAUAAGCAAAGAGAAACGACAGUCCAUCAUUACUUUAAGACAUGAAGGUCAGUCAAUCCAGAACAUUUCAAGAACUUUGAACGUUUCUUCAAGUGCAGUUGCGAAAACUAUCAAGCGCUAUGAUGAAACUGGCUCUCAUGAGGACUGCCACAGGAAAGGAAGACCCAGAGUUACCUCUGCUGCAGAGGAUAAGUUCAUUAGAGUUAACUACACCUCAGAUUGAACGCUGCUGGCACCCGCCCACCCGACUAGAAUCACUACUCUCGACGGGUCUGACCUAGAGUAUGUGGACAACUACAAAUACCUAGGUGUCUGGUUAGACUGUAAACUCUCCUUCCAGACUCACAUUAAGAAUCUCCAAUCCAAAGUUAAAUCUAGAAUCGGCUUCCUAUUUCGCAACGAAGCCUCCUUCACUCAUGCUGCCAAACAUGCCCUCGUAAAACUGACUAUCCUACCGAUCCUUGACUUCGGCGAUGUCAUUUACAAAAUAGCCUCCAACACUCUACUCAGCAAAUUGGAUGUAGUCUAUCACAGUGCCAUCCGUUUUGUCACCAAAGCCCCAUAUACUACCCACCACUGUGACCUGUACGCUCUUGUUGGCUGGUCCUCACUACAUAUUCAUCGCCAAACCCACUGGCUCCAGUCCAUCUAUAAAUCACUGCUAGGCAAAUCCCCGCCUUAUCUUAGCUCAUUGGUCACCAUAGCAACACCCACCCGUAGUAUGCGCUCCAGCAGGUAUAUCUCACUGGUCAUCCCCAAAGCCAACACCUCCUUUGGCUGCCAUUCCUUCCAGUUCUCUGCUGCCAAUGACUGGAACGGAUUGCAAAAAUCUCUGAAGCUGGAGACUCUUAUCUCCCUCACUAACUUUAAGCGUCAGUUGUCAGAGCAGCUUACCGAUCACUGCACCUGCACACAGCCAUUCUGAAAUUAGCCCCUCCAACUACCUCAUCCCCAUAUUGUUAUUUAUUUUGCUCAUUUGCACCCCAGUAUCUCUAUUUGCACAUCAUCUCUUGCACAUCUAUCAUUCCAGUGUUAAUACUAAUUGUAAUUAUUUUGCAAUAUAGCCUAUUUAUUGCCUUACCUCCAUAACUUGCUACAUUUGCACACACUGUAUAUAUAUUUUCUGUUGUAUUUUUAACUUUAUGUUUUGUUUUACCCCAUAUGUAACUCUGUGUUGUUUUUAUCGCACUGCUUUGCUUUAUCUUGGCCUGGUCGCAGUUGUAAAUGAGAACUUGUUCUCAACUGGCUUACCUGGUUAAAUAAAGGUAAAAAAAAAAAAGAUUGCAGCACAAAUAAAUGCUUCAGAGUUCAAGUAACAGACACAUCUCAACGUCAACUGUACAGAGGAGACUGCGUGAAUCAGGCCUUCAUGGUCGAAAUGCUGCAAGAAACCACUACUAAAGGACACCAAUAAGAAGAAGAGACUUGCUUGGGCCAAGAAACACAAGCAAUGGACAUCAGACCGGUGAAAAUCUGUCCUUUGGUCUGAUGAGUCCAAAUUUGAGAUUUUUGGUCCAACCGCUGUGUCUUUGUGAGACGCAGAGUAGGUGAACGGAUGAUCUCUGCAUGUGUGGUUCCCGUCGUAAAGCAUGGAGGAGGAGGUGUGAUGGUGUGGGGGUGCUUUGAUGGUGACACUGUGGGUGAUUUAUUUAGAAUUCAAGGUACACUUAACCAGCAUGGCUACCACAGCAUUCUGCAGCGAUACGCCAUCUGGUUUGCGCUUAGUGGGACUAUCAUUUGUUUUUCAACAGGACAAUGACCCAAAACACACCUCCAGGCUGUGUAAGGGCUAUUUGACCAAGAAGGAGAGUGAUGGAGUGCUGCAUCAGAUGACCUGGCCUCCACAAUCACCCGACCUUAACUCAAUUGAGAUGGUUUGGGAUGAGUUGGACCGCAGAGUGAAGGAAAAGCAGCCAACAAGUGCUCAGCAUAUGUGGGAACUCCUUCAAGACUGUGGGAAAAGCAUUCCUCAUGAAGCUGGUUGAGAGAAUGCCAAGAGUGUGCAAAGCUGUCAUCAAGGCAAAGGGUGGCUACUUUGAAGAAUCUCAAAUAUAACAUACAUUUAGAUUUGUUUAACAAUUUUUUGGGUAUUACAUGAUUCCAUAUGUGUUAUUUCAUAGUUUUGAUGUCUUCACUAUUAUUCUACAAUGUAGAAAAUAGUAAAAAUAAAGAAAAACCCUUGAAUGAGUAGGUAUGUCCAAACUUUUGACUGGUACUGUAUGUGUGACUCUAUUGUCACAUUAAUAGAGUUCUGGUUUGUUGUGUGUUUCAGACCACAGACUCAGUCAGUGAGUUAGAGGCGCUGAUGGACAGAAUGAAGAGGCUGCAGGAGGAGAGAGAGGAGGAUGAGGCCUCGCAGGAGGAGAUGGCCACACGCUUCGAGAAAGAGAAGAAAGAGAGCCUCCUGGUGGGCUCUGGGGGUACUGCAGCCACACCUGUUCCUGUUGUCUGUCUCUCACUGAGUACUACUGUAAACCUGUCAGUGAAGUCAUGACUGAUUAUAAUCCAUCUCCAUUGUGACUGCAGAUAUGAAGGAUGAGGUGAUGCCCACAUCCAAAGUGUCUCGGUUUGUGGAGGAUGCCACUUUUGGGUACCAGAACUUUGCUCGACACGGAGAGGACAACCCACCAACAUUUAGAGCCCAGGUGGGGGAUAAUUACAGAUCAAAUUAAUCUAAAUUCCAUUAUCAUGCCAUAAGUGCAAGGCCUAUAGAUUUAACAGUCACUUCUUAAAACCUAAAUGUCUCUCUCUAUGUCUGUCUGUCUGUCUGCUUUAGGACUACUCGUGGAAGGACCAUGGUUUCUCUCUGGUCAACAGGCUGUAUUCAGACAUUGGCCUGCUGCUGGAUGACAAGUUCCGGACAGCGUGUGACCUGACCUACUACAACAUGGCCAGUCACGAGGACGUGGACACCACCAUGCUCCGACGUGCACUCUUCAACUACGUGCACUGCAUGUAUGGCAUCAGGUAAGACAGCGCCCUCUUUCCUCAGUCACAUACACUUCUCAUGCACUAUCAAGUGUGGACACUUGGUGUCAAGUUAGUGUGAUAAUGAUUAUAUUCAAAUGAGUGAGUAAGUGAUUGUUGAAGCCCUGGAAUAGUCCCUGAAGUCCAGUAGAAAUGGCCAAGUAGACAGUAAAGUGAUGCUCCAGUCUGAUAGAAUGAUUUGCUUGAUGUCCUGUCUGCAGGUAUGAUGACUAUGACUAUGGGGAGGUGAAUCAGCUAUUAGAACGCAGUCUGAAGGUCUAUAUAAAGACGGUAACAUGUUAUCCAGAGAGGACCACUCGCCGCAUGUACGACAGCUACUGGCGCCAGUUCCGCCACUCCGAGAAGGUUAGAAAACUGUCAAUGCUUGUGUGUGUUUUUGUGUGUGUGUUUGUGAGAGGGCAUAAUCUUAUGUUGUGUGUAUUCUUUGCAAACAAGCAUACACCGUCCACAGCCACAAAAAUGAUAUUCUGAAUCCUGAUAUAUUUUUGUAACUAGGCCAGAGUUCAGUGGCAGGGUUGGUCAUGCUGUUCGAUUGUGUUUGUGCAGGAGGCUUUGGCUCAUGAGUACACUAGGACUAUUGAGCAGAGCUGAAGUAAAUGAAGCUCUUGGCCGCAGGAACAUGCUGUUAUUGUGUUUGAGUUGUUCUGCAGAGAGGCCCCCUGUUGGAAUCUGACUGGGCUGAAAGAGAUGAAAGACGAGCAAGUUACUCCAUGUAUCAUUAGGAACAGCAGGGUAGAAGGGGCAUUGUCUUGUUCUUAAAGCUUAUGUGAGAUGUCUUUUGUAGCCUUCUGCUAUUUUCUGCAAAUGCAUAUCCAUUUUACAGCUCAGUGGCUGUCCAUACUGCAGUCCAUACCAUGGCAGUUAUAUAAAGUAACUGUACUGUGUUAUAGUAUGUACUGUAUGGUAUGUUAAUCCUCUGGCCUCCCUGUCCCCCUCCAGGUCCAUGUGAACCUACUCCUAAUGGAGGCCAGGAUGCAGGCAGAACUGCUAUACGCCCUGCGCGCCAUCACACGCUACAUGACCUGA